AAAGACUUGUUUUUUUCCCCUGCUGUGUUUAAUGUUAAAGAUCUACAGAAGUCAUGAACAUUAACAGCAAAAGACCUGGAACUAAAUGAAGAUAAAAAAUAAGCUUGCGUUACCGUCGGAAUUGAAUAUAUGUUUUUUUGUGUUUUACAGGUAUUAAAUUGCUUUGCUGAAGACUGAGCCGUCGAGGACUUCGAACAACUCCGCUCAAAUUCAUAUUUUUUCUUCAAGUAAUGGACAUUCGAUUACUAUUUUUGCCUCCACUUUGUUCCUGAAGGAAAGGCUAACGUUAGUCCUUAGCGAUCACAGCCCCACCCAUAUGAAGUAUUUAAGUUGAUAUUAAAACCAUGAAGGUUAACGACAUAAAGUUUAUGAAAAACGAGCUAUAAGUGCCUGAAAAGUACACUAUAAUAUACCCGAGACGCUGAGGAUCUAUAGUAUCAAUAGUAAGUUGUUUUUUGUAGUUAAAUUAAUCGAUAUUCAUCACAUGAAAUGAUCGUAGAUAAUAGGCUAGCUAGCAGUAGCUGGCUAGCAGGAAUUCGCAAGUUAGCUUUGCUCUUGGUAAACAAUUUUGAAAAUAGACAACGUGAUAGUAUGAGCUCACACAGGAAAGCGGACGGAGCCACAAUGCUCCGUUUCUUCGUGUGUGAGACUGAAUUGACGAAUUGUACAAAGGAAAUUAAAAGACAGGGAAAUUCGCAAAAAUAACCAUAAGCAAUCUAUUGAUAAAGAUUGCCGUAGGACAACUCUAGAUCACCAAGUUGGACUUUUUGCCUGUUGUUUUGUAGAGGCUGCUCCACGGAACGAACACCCACCGCAAUCUAUACAUAAAGAUUGCAUUAGUUUAAGGAUUGUGGACAUGUUUUAUGAGGCACAGUGUAUGGUGAAUGUGAAAGCAUAGCGCAGGGAAUUCCCGAAAGCCCGCAACAUGCACUCGGCAAUCUGUGGAUAAAGAUUGCAGGAUUCAAGCGAAAUGCUUUUUCGAAGCACAAACAGUCGGGACCGUCAGAUAUUGUGGACUAGUUGUGCUUUUUUGUUUGUUUCCGGACAGCUCCGGGGACUAUCCAUGUUCUCCGAGCGGCGUUUGAGGACACUUAAAACUGAAAUGCAACACGAGAAUAUAAUGGUUUUUCAGUGCGUAAAUGUUCGCUGUAAUGUCAGAGCCGGCGUUCGUUGCUUUGUUUCUCUACCAACCGUCGCAGUGCUUUCUGUGAGAGACAUUGUUGUUGUGUCGCCGUCGUCGAAGUGGUUAAGGGAGGGAGGGUUCUGAUUAGCAGCUAGGCUCCAGGUUUCCUCCUCCCCUCUACCAGGCCGUUUAGCGGCAGGAGCGGGGCCUGCCUUCAGCUGUGACGGACUAAGUGCGAGCAUUUGAAAGGCUGCGUGGACUAAUAUUACGUAACAGAGCAAGAGUUACACACUUCUGUGGUCCACUAUCUCUUUCAGAAUUGUACCACUUUGUUACGUAACCGUUGUUCCGUUACAGUUAAUAAUUGUUAUAGAAAGCUUGGUCAAUGUACAUAACUAGAUCGUUUUCCCAGUCUGUGUAAUAAGAUAAAACGAAUAACAAGAAUAAUAUGGCACAAAUAAUCUUGAUCUUCCUGAGUGAAUUAGAGGUGUGGCUAACUCGAGUGUUGUGUAUCAUGUGUAACAACUGUGACAUUUACAGGGAUUAAGUUAUUUGCAGUGUUGUGGAGGUCUGAGCCUAUUAUAAACUUCUACUACAACAGUUACCACGGUUAUGGCAGGGAGACCAGUGGACCCGAGAGAGAUUUUGAAGGGUGUAGAAGCUCUAUUGGGGAAGGAUGGAGAGCUUCGUAGCCUGGAAGGAGUCCCAAAAGUGUUUAGCCUAAUGAAAGCUUCUACCAAGAUGGUCAGCAGAUGUAUGUACUUGAACAUCCUGUUGCAGACGAAAUCACAUGAUGUCCUUAACCGAUUUAUCAGAGUCGGUGGUUACAGGCUGCUCAACUCCUGGCUCACCUACUCCAAAACCACCAACAACACACCUUUGCUUCAACUUAUCCUGCUCACCCUACAGAAGCUGCCCCUCAAAGUGGAUCAUCUCAAACAGAACAACACAGCCAAGUUGGUGAAACAGUUGAGCAAAAGCGCAGAGACUGAAGAGUUACGGAAGCUGGCCUCUGUGCUUGUAGAUGGCUGGAUGGCGACAAUCCGCUCCCAGAGUGUCACAGGCAGCAGCAACAGUUCUCCUGCUGAUAAGAAAAAGAAAAAAGAGGAGAACAAGGUGUCUGUUCGGGAUGUGAAGGAAAAGAGUGGAGAUGAGGAGAGAAAGAAGGAGAAACCUAAAGCACAUGCACCCAGCCAUGCAAAGAUACGCUCCAUAGGACUAGAGAUGGACACGCCACACCUUGCACCUGCUAAGAAGGCACCCACUGCCCCACAGCUUGGUGACAAGUACAACAUUAAACCCCCAGUUCUUAAAAGGCCAUGCUCUGGUCCAUCCGAUUUUCCACCUCUGGAGAAAAAAUACAAACCCCUCAACACCCCAUCCAACUCUGCCAAAGAGAUCAAAGUCAAAAUUAUUCCAGCUCAGCCAAUGGAGGGAAUGGGGUUCUUGGAUGCUCUGAACUCCGCACCUGUUCCUGGGAUAAAGAUCAAAAAGAAGAAACCCACUACCGGCACUGCAGCCAGUACUAAGGCGGUCUCUCCCACAUCUCAUAAGGCAAAUCCUUUUGAAAACAAACCUACAUAUUCUUCUACUAAACCAUUGUCUCCGGAUACUGCCACCUCUUCUACUCCUGCUGAUGAGAACCAAGAGCCGGACCAGCCCGGUACCCCUGUUCCUUCAGAGGACCCUGAAGCCUCUGACAAUGGAGAGAAGCCUAAUGCUCUGGCAGAACCACGUGGAGAGGAAGAAAAGUUGACAAAAAAGGGCAAGAAGAAGAAGACAGUUCGCUGGGCAGAGGAGGAGCAGCUCAAACACUACUUCUACUUUGAUCUGGAUGAGACUGAGAGAGUUAAUGUCAACAAGAUCAAGGACUUUGGUGAGGCUGCCAAACGAGAGCUGAUGAUGGACAGGCAGACGUUUGAGAUGGCUCGUCGUCUCUCACAUGACACCAUGGAGGAACGGGUUCCCUGGACACCCCCGAGGCCCCUGACAUUGACUGGGAGCUUGGUCAGCUCUGGGGCCAACAGCACAGAGAAGCUUACCCAGAGAGACCGUGAAAUGGGCAUUCUGCAGGAGAUCUUCCUUAACAAAGAAAGUGUACCUGACAGUCCGCAUGAACCAGACCCAGAACCUUAUGAACCCAUGCCCCCUCGACUCAUCCCUUUAGAUGAGGACUCCUCCAUGGUGGACGAUGGUUAUGUUGAGCUCAUGGACACCACAUCACAGCAUGGCUCUAGCAUGGCCCAGACUGAGGGUUCCAAGCUGCCACCUGUCCUGGCAAACCUCAUGGGAAACUUGAGCAAUAGCUCACGUAGCCCACAGGCUACAAACACCGUCAGCAACCCUGUGGCUCCAUCUGUCAACGUACAGGAGCUGCUUUCCUCUAUCAUGGGUGCAACUGGUAAUCAGUCUACUGAAGACUUAAUCAAACAGCCGGACUUCUCAGACAAGAUUAAACAGCUACUAGGCUCCCUUCAACACAACCAAAAUCAGAAUCAAGGUGGACCACCACCAGUAAAUCCGAGUUUGCUGGGCCACGGUCCGGGCAUGAGCAACAUGAACAUGCACAUGCAGAUGCCCAUGAAUGGAAGCUACCCACCCAAUAACCCACCCAGUGGUCCCCGCUUUAACCACCCCCCGCCCCCCCACAACCACGGGCCACCCUUCAAUGCAACUGGAGGUCCGCGCUUGAUGGGGCCACCGCCAAACCAGGGCAGAGGAGAUAAUGGCAAUUACUGGGGAGAUGACUCCAUGAGAGGAGGACCCCACAGAGGGGGUCACUUCCACAGAGGAGGACGCGGCAGAGGCGCAGAGCCAGGCUUCAGGGGCCGAGGCAGAGGAGGGCCCAGAGGAGGACACAACAACAUGAAUGACAUGUCCAAGAGGCCUGUGUGUCGUCAUUUCAUGAUGAAGGGAAGCUGCAGGUAUGAGGGAAACUGUGCUUUCUACCACCCUGGAGUAAAUGGACCUCCACUGCCUCCCAACCACCCUGCUAACAACCAACACAACCAGCACCCACAGCAUGGGCACUAGGACAUAAACGUAAACUGGUUUUCUAAAAGAGCCAUUUAAUGACUGGAGGGUGUAUCACUCACAGAGGUUUGCCGUCUGUCUGGAAUGUCUGGUGCAGGUGACUGAACCUUAGCCUGUGAGUGGUGCCAUCAUAUAUGACUCGCCAGAGAGAGAACAAGCGAGGCAGGAGACCCUGACUGAGGGACUCGAAGGCCGUGAGAUGAUCACUAAUGGGACCUUGUGCUUUUACUGUGAUCAUUUUUAACCAUGAACUGAAUCAAGCUACCAGAAUUGCCCUCUGAAUUUGAGUUGCUGCAGCAAACCACAAACGCCAUCACUUUUCCACACACUAGUACCCUUCCUGCUGUGGUUGUUUUACUGUACAUGUGAUAUGUCAGUUUUAGUUUUAAGUUACCAGUUAGCCUUGUACUAAAGAGAAACGUUUUUCCCUAUUCACGCUAUUCAGAAAAAUUUGAAAAGCACUUUAAUAAUGGGUGAUUCAUGAUUGAAAAAUAAUUGAAUUGUUUAACCUGCUUUGGUCAUUCAAACAGAAAUAAGAAAAGCAUUUUGCUGAGCUGACAAGGAUGGCAUCAAAUUUCCUUUUCAGCCUUUGGCAUCAAAUUGUAAGAGAUUGUUAAGAAACAGCAGCAACACAUGAUGUGUUGCUGCUGUUUAUAAAUUUUGCUGAUAAAUUUUUGCGCACCUUUUACAGCUUGGCGGGCAACAGUUCAGACUACCUGUGUUACGUCCAUGCACAUGGUGAAACUCUGAGAACAGCAGCCCUGAUUUCAGAGCAUGCUUUAUACUCCCACCUUCAUUUAUCUAGUAUUAAAGCGUGAGCUGUAUAGUGCAGUUUUUCUGUGGCUCGGCUACAUUGUGUUUUCUGUGAAAACAAUGACCUUUGUGUCUCUUGUGGGACUGUAAGAAUGUAAUGUUUAUUUGGUGCUCCCUUCAUUUUCUUUUCAUACAAUCUUGAGACUGUUGGCCCCUUUUAACAAGUUUAGUUUUUCUGUCGGUAUGAAACAUUUGUAUUCAUGUUUGAAUACAAACAUACACUCAUGCUUUCAUUUGAAUUCUUUUCUACACAGUCAAUAAAUGUCCAAAAAGAAA